AUGGUUAGUUUAAAAUUAUCAGUCUUAGCAACUGCUUUAUUAAGUAGUGUCGCAAAUGCUAAAAAAGUCUUCAUUGAUAAUGAUGGUAUCACUCCACCAAAUAUUCUUUUCCCAUUAAUGGGAGGUUGGGAAAUUGUCGGUGUUUCAACUUCUUUUGGUUCUUCAUCAAAUGUUGAUUCUGCCGGUACUGGUUACGAAACCUUACAACAAUAUAAUUUAUCAUCAUGUAUUCCACAUUAUCUUGGUGCUCAAGGUCCAUUAUUAAGAACUCAAGAUACUUUCAACAUUUGGCAAUCAUUAUUUGGUGAAUUAGUUUGGCAAGGUGCUUUUGCUCCAGAUUAUGUCAAUGAAUUUUCUUGGAGUAACAUAACUUAUAAUGAAACUUUACCAGGUGCCGUAGCCUUAAUUAAUGCCGUUCAACAAUAUAAAGAUACUGAUCCAGUUGUUAUUUAUGCUGCUGGUAUGAUGACCACUGUUGCUCAAGCUCUUUCUCUUUACCCAACUUUAGCUGAAGAUGCUGGUGGUUUAUAUAUUAUGGGUGGUUACUUCGAUACUCAAUAUACCGCUGGUACUGGUACUUCAAUUGUUAACGAUAUCAACACUGAUAUUAAUUUAAUUCAAGAUCCAGAAGCUGCUCAAAUGGUUUUAACUGCUAACUGGUCCUCUAUUGUUAUUGGUUCCAAUGUCACUAACUAUUUAGUCCCAUCCCAAGACUUAUACGAUCAAAUCAUUGAAAGAGCUGGUGGUUUAGAUGUCAUUCAAAACACCACUUAUUUAGCACCAUUAUUAGAUAUUCUUUACACUGGUAAUUUCACUGAAAAUGAAAUUAUUUCACAAGAUCAAGAUACUUUACCAUUCUGGGAUCAAGUUGUUUCUGGUUACUUAGCAUUCCCAGACUUAGUUACCAGUACCACUAAUUUCUCAGUUGCUGUUGAUACUCAAUUUUAUUCUCCAUUCUAUGGUGCUUUAAGAAUCUGGGGUGCUCAAUUUGCUCCAACCGGUCAAAUUACUGGUAAUGCUACCGUCGUUAAUACCAUUGAUGAUGAAGCAUUCUAUAAUUAUUUAAUUGAAGCUUACUUCUACGAUUGGAGACAAUAUUGUGAAACUGGUGGUCCAGUUGAAUUAGAAGGUUUCAGUUAA